CAGCCACACUAAAAAACAAAAAAAAAAUAGCACAGCAAAAUAGACGUGCUGAGCAAAAGUCAGUUUCGAUAAAAUUGGGAUAUUGAGCUUGUUAUUUAUUGUGUGCUGGUCGAGCUCCUUGCUUCGACAAUCCCGGAAAGCGAUAGAGUGGAGCGACCUUGGAGUGGAUACCAACCAGGUGUAAUUUACGCAACGCACCACAAAAUCCGCAAAAUUGCACAGGGCCAACAACAACAGAAACAGGGAAGAGAACGGAGAAGAGCGAAGAGGAGAGGCGGAGAAAGGAGAACGGAGAGAACGGAGAACACAGAACAGAACAGAGAAGAGAGCCCGAAACAGAAGAACCAUCAUGGCGAACAUGGCAGUGUCUCGGAUCAAGCGGGAGUUCAAGGAGGUGAUGCGCAGCGAGGAGAUCGUCCAAUGUUCCAUCAAAAUCGAACUGGUCAACGACAGUUGGACGGAGCUGCGCGGCGAGAUCGCUGGUCCGCCCGACACGCCUUACGAGGGCGGCAAGUUUAUUCUGGAGAUCAAGGUGCCCGAGACAUAUCCCUUCAAUCCGCCAAAGGUACGCUUCAUAACGCGCAUCUGGCACCCGAACAUUUCAUCGGUGACAGGCGCUAUUUGCCUGGACAUUCUGAAGGACAACUGGGCCGCGGCGAUGACCCUGCGCACUGUCCUGCUGUCCCUACAGGCGCUCCUGGCUGCCGCCGAGCCGGAUGAUCCGCAGGACGCCGUGGUGGCAUAUCAGUUCAAGGACAAGUAUGACCUGUUCCUGCUGACCGCCAAGCACUGGACGAACGCAUAUGCGGGCGGUCCGCACACCUUUCCCGAUUGUGAUUCAAAGAUCCAACGUCUCAAGGACAUGGGUAUCGACGAGCAUGACGCGCGCGCCGUGCUCUCCAAGGAGAACUGGAACCUGGAGAAGGCCACAGAGGGCCUGUUUAGUUAGCUUGCCCCAGCCACGCAAUCACCAGUACCAUUCACGGCGGCGGCUUCACCAGCAACUUCAGCAUCAACCUCUCAGAUCGGCAACAAUGCUAAAUUCUAGUAAACACACAAAACCCACAAAAUGAUUAUCGUAAAUUUUGUCCACGAAAUGGCAUUGCCCUGUAAUUAUACCAAUAUUUUUUCUGUUCUUUAUAUUUUUAUGAAUAUUGUGCACCUUUUGCCGCUGGGUGGGUCACCAAAAGGUUGAGCCUAAGGCCAUGCCACCCGCCCCUCAAGCAUGUGUUAUGCAAUUGAACCCAGGGUUCCGUUUCAUUUUCUUACGUGCAGUUGCAUUUAUUUGCAGGUCCUUUUUUAAAUAAUACAGUUUUUUCCAUUUCAACCCUAUUUGUACCACAAACAAAAAUGAUUUAAAAAAUUAAAUGUGAACAUGAGAAGUGUAUAACAAAUCGAAGUCUUUGUAAAUUGCGUUAAGUUAAUAAAUAAAUAAAUAAACAAAUAUUAAGAAAUGCUUAA